CGGAGACAGCUCAGAAGAACAGCACUGACUGCUCAAAGAAAUUACUGGGCGGAGAAGCAGGCACUUAGUUCUGAUCAAUAUGUCCACGAUCCUUGAUAUUCGCACUAUUUAUCAGAACCUACGAAAUUUAAGCCUCUCAGAAGACUUUGAAACUGCCAAUGACCACAGCUUCUCCAGUCCUCAGAGAAGACACUCUUGUGCCCCUGAACUGUAUGAUGAAACUCGCUGGGCUUCUCGUGGUGACCCUUGGAAUUUUGAACCAUCUCGUGCUCCCUUCAGAGCAGAUCGGUCAGUUAGCCUUACGGAAGGAACCCGGAAUGCACUACCUCCUCCUCCAGGGUUCCCACCACUGAAGGCACCCCUGCCUACUCUUCCUGCUCCUUCACCUCGUUACAAGACAGAGUUAUGUCGCACCUUUUCUGAAACGGGGACCUGCAAGUACGGCUCCAAAUGCCAGUUUGCCCAUGGGCAACAGGAGCUGAGAGAGCCAAACCGUCACCCAAAGUACAAGACAGAGUAUUGCCACAAGUUCUACUUGUACGGAGAGUGCCCAUAUGGGUCUCGCUGCAACUUCAUCCACCACCCAGCCGAACACGGAACUCCCCACCAGCAAGUUCUGCGCCAGAGCCUCAGCUAUACUGGUGUACCAGUGCGAAGAGGGUCACCUCCACCACCAGGCUUUCCAGAUCCUGCUUCAUUCUCCAGAGCUGCUUCAGUAUCUCCACCACCUUCAACAGACAUGCUUUUCUCUCCUGCUCCUCUUGAGACCCGAAGCCAUGUUUCCACCCUCAAAGGAAUGGACUCAUGCUCUCGCUGUUGCUCAUGUCGGUGCUCAAGAGCUGGAUCCCUUCCUCAAGAUCCCUUUGCAAACCCUAUACUAUUCCGCACACCUUCCUCCAAUUCUCUUACCGAGAAUGAGUGCUAUAGCAGUGGGUCAGAGUCUCCCGUCUUCGAGGUGUCAAGUCAAGUGACUUCCACCAAGAGAUUGCCAAUCUUUCACAGGCUGUCCGUCUCUGACUGAGCAUGAAAAGCAGGGGAAAAAAGCUUCCGAUCAAUCUUUGUUAUUUCAACCUGGUGAUCAGACCAGCACAUCAGUUGAGUCUUUAAUAAGAAGCAAGGCAUUAUGUGAAGUUCCUCGACCUCCUAAGAAGAGAACAAUCUCAAGACUCUUUUCCAAGUGCCUUAAUGCAGAUACUCAGGACUAAGUGGUUUCAGUUGAAGGCUACAUAGUAGCUCAAAGACCACAACUUUUUGCACAAAUUACCCCUCCUACCCUCAUCCAAACGAAUAUCUGUUGUUAGACUAUUCAGAUAUGGGCACCUGCAAGGUUCCAUAGCUAACAGGUCCAUUAUAUUGUGUAAGGGCUUCCCUCUACUGUGUUAUUGUACAAGAGGCCCCGAAUCAUGUAGCAGAGCAAGGUAUUUAGCAUGUUUACUGCCCCUCGUCUCAAGCCCCUAGUUUGGGCUGGACCUAAACUUGUGAGAAUUGGACCAGCGUGGAUCAGUAUCUUGGUUGUGAAAAAUCCAAAUUUAUACCCCUGUGAACUCCUGCAAGAAUUUUUAAAUAUUCAUGUUUUUGUAGGUCCUGCAAUGCAUUGCAGUGUUAUAAUACAACACCACAAUAUUAUUCUGUAGGCUACACUACUACUUGGGUUAUAUACACUACACUGUGUAUAAUGUGGAUUCAUACACUUGUUGGCUUGUUCGCCAAAGUGGCGCUGGGCCCUGUAGCAGUCGGGUAGGUUUAUUGUUAAAUAAAUCCCUGGCCUCCAAGUUGCCUGAUAUUCAAAAACAAUAUGGGACAGCUACAGUUUCUUCUCGCACCAGCAAUUUUUUGAAAUCACAAUCUUCUGAAACAGAGUUGCAUAUUUAUUAACUGUGUAUUGGCCAGUUGUUAUAUAUGAUUUUUUAUUACGGAUACAGAGAUUUUUAUAAAUAUUUAUAAGUAUACGUAUACUUUUUGUUGACCUUGCAUGUCGCUGGAAGACUUCAAGCUAUGUCUGACUCAUUGUGUUAAAUGGUUUUGGCUUGAUACACAGUUAAUAAGCAAGGUUAUGUAUUGUUUCAGAACUUUUGCCAUAGAAAUGUGUUGUAAAGUGAGCCAAUCAGCUGCAAGUAACUGUCAUUUGCAACUAUGUCAUUGAUGCACAAAGUGCACCAAUUUAUAGCAAUGUGAAAUAAUGCACAGCAACCAAAUUACAAUACCAAUUUCGGGUACUGUACUUUGCGUAAAUACGUUGCAGAUGCCUGGUUGGCUGCUUCCUUCAGUUAUUAAAAAUAUAUAUUUUUAUCAAUUUCUGAUAUUUGUAUUAUGACACCUUGCAAUGCAUUAAGUACUUCCCUACAACGUGCCUUCUUACCUCAAUGAGUGACUGCAUCAUGCAGCCUGGCAGUCAAGGAGUUAAAAUCAAGUGAAUUAUGCAAAAAAAGUCAUAAUGGGAAAAAAAAAAAAAAAUUAAGAAUCUGGUA